GAGAAGAAAAAGUGAGAAGAGGAAGGAGAUUAAUCGAUUAACCGAAAAAAUCACUAUCGACAGGCUGACAGAACACAGGUAUGGAGUGUCGAGUGUUUCUCCUCCUGCUGGUCUCAGGACUCUGUACACUGUCCUCAUGUUUCACUCAUCAAUAUUACUUUGUGAACAUGAGUAAGAACUGGACUGAAGCACGGAGUUACUGCAGAGAGAACUACACUGACCUGGUUACCAUUGACAACCCAGAGGAAAUGAACAGAUUGAUUAACAGUGUAAACCUCACUGGUUAUACUGGACCAGCCUGGAUAGGACUGGAGAAGGGAAACUCAUGCAAUUGGCAGUGGUCCCUGGAGGAGAGACGUCUCUACAGUGAUGGACAGACUGGGUUCUCAAACUGGGACAGCAGCAUGGGAGCACCUCACACUGCGGAUGGGAAUACCAACUGUGUGGGGAUGAGACACAACGGGAAAUGGAAUGAUAUUCCCUGUGCCUCUAAAUCUCCCGUAGGAUUCUUUCUUUGUUAUGAUGGGAGAAAACAAGCCAACCAGAGCUACAUCUUCAUUAAUCAAAGUAAUAGGACCUGGACGGAGGCACAGAGAUACUGCAGAGAGAAUCACACAGACCUGGUCAGUGUGAGGAACCAGACUGAGAAUGAUCUCAUACACAACAUGUUUCCAAGUAAAACCUGGGUGUGGAUCGGUCUGUACAGAGACUACUGGCAGUGGUCAGACCAGAGAAACUCCUCAUUCCGCUACUGGGCACCAGGAAAACUGAUCCUGGUACAAGAGAACAUGACCUGGAACGAAGCCCAGAGCUACUGCAGGGAGAACAAUGUGGACCUGGUGUCUGUCUACAGUGAGGAGAUCCAGAACUGGGUGGAGAGGAAGGUUAGAAGUGCCACCAGUUCCCAUGUGUGGUUGGGUCUGCGCUUCUCCUGCAGAUUGAAACUCUGGUUCUGGGUCACCGGAAGCGUGGCCUGCUACCAGAACUGGGUUCCGGGCAACGGGAGUGGAGCUGGACACUGUGGGAACACUGCGGCUGUCCAAUCUGGAGGAGGACAUCAGUGGGUCAGUCUGCCUGAGACUCAGAAGCUCAACUUCAUCUGCUCCAAAUAGGCAGGAAACAAGGAGCACA